AUGCGAUUAUUAGUCACCUUAUUUUUGGCUAUCUUUAUAUUGUGUUUGAAAGGUAAAACUGCAGGCACAGCGAAUGUAUUUCGUAACAAGAAAGAUAAUGAUAUUAAAUUAGCAUCAUCCACAUCGAAUUGUUCUGUAUCACAAUGUAAUGUGUUCCCGAAUGAUGAAAAUAUCUAUAUUUCAUCAUCAACACUUUAUUUUGAUUAUCGAACAUUGAAUAAUAGUAGUUACUGUGCACCUAAUAUUCCGUGUUCGAUUUUGGAACCAUGUAAUAAUAUUACAUAUGAAUGUGCAUCAAGUACUUCUGUUUGUAUCAUCAAUUCAUGUUGUUCACCGCAAGCAGUUUGUUUAUUAUUGUCUUUAACGAAUUUAUACAAAUCAGGAUGGUCAAAUGGUAGUAUUAUAGAUAUUGCACGAGAUUCUCACACAGCAUCUAUAUUAACGAAUGGAAAUAUUUUAAUUACUGGUGGAUACAAUAAUUCUGUUUUAAGUAGUGCUCAGGUAUAUAAUUUAGCAAAGGAAACUUGGACAAAUACUGGUAAUAUGAAUAGUGUACGAUAUCAUCAUACAGAAUCUAUAUUAAAAAAUGGUAAAGUAUUAGUUACUGGUGGAAAUAAUGGUACAAAUCAACUUAACAGUGCUGAAUUGUAUGAUUCAUCAACACAAACUUGGAUGUUAAUCAAUAGUAUGAAGGCAGCACGAGAAUUUCAUACAGCUACUACAUUAACCAAUGGAAAAGUGUUAGUUACUGGUGGUUAUAAUAAUGCUGAAUUAUACGAUCCAUCAACAGGAAAUUGGACAAUGACUGGUAAUAUAAAUCAUGAACGAUAUUCUCAUCGAGCAUCAGUAUUAUUAGAUGGAAAUGUAUUAAUUAGUGGUGGCAAUGAUGGUGAAAAUAUAUUGAAAAGUGCUGAAUUGUAUGAUACAUCAAAAGGAACUUGGACAUUAAUUAAUGAUAUGAAUACAGCACGAGAAUAUCAUACAAUAACUAUAUUAGCUGAUGGAAAAGUAUUAGUAAUUGGUGGACAUAAUGGUAUCGUUUAUUUAAAUAGUGCUGAAUUGUAUGACCCAUCGUCAAAAACUUGGACAAUUACUUACAAUAUGAAUACUCCACGAAUUCGUCAUACAGCAUCCUUAUUACCAAAUGGUAAAGUGUUAGUUACCGGUGGAAAUAAUGAUAAUAUUUAUUUAAACACAACCGAAAUAUAUCAAACAUCAUAA